AUGUUAGAUGUGAAAUUCUUGUUGAAUUUAGAUGGAAUUACAGCAGGAACAGCUGACUAUGGGGAUGAUACCGUUGUGUUUGAGACACUAGACAUACAGCCGGAAGAACGAGGCAAGGAAGAUGUCCCAGAGGAAGUGACGCUGGUUCUCAAGCCUUUUCAGACCUGCGUGGGAACCAGGCUGUUCUUGCAGAAACCUCAUUAUGUGAUAAAUGUAGAGGUAAAUCUACAAUCCAAGCACACUGCAGAAGAGGCAGAUAGGAAGUAUGAAGAGGUGGCUCGGAAGCUGGUGAUUAUGGAGGGGGACUUGGAACGCACAGAGGAACGAGCUGAGCUGGCAGAGUCCCGUUGCCGGGAGAUGGAUGAGCAGAUCAGGCUGAUGGACCAGAACCUCAAGUGUCUGAGUGCUGCUGAAGAAAAGUACUCACAAAAGGAGGACAAAUACGAGGAAGAGAUAAAGAUUCUCACGGAUAAACUCAAGGAGGCAGAGUCCCGUGCUGAGUCUGCUGAGCGAUCGGUAGCGAAGCUGGAGAAGACAAUUGAUGAUUUGGAAGAUAAGCUGAAAUGUACCAAAGAGGAGCAUCUGUGCACACAGAGGAUGCUGGACCAGACUCUGCUGGACCUGAAUGAGAUGUAGACCCGCCAUCCCACCCGCAGCUGCUCCUCC